AUGGGCAGUAAGCACAAUACAAACAAUCCAUCGGCAGCACUGCGAGAAGCGGAACAGCGUCUGAAGGAGGCGCGCUACGUGAGCGGGCUGUCAUCUCCGGACGUGCGCAACCUGUGCUGCGCGCUGUUGGCCUGGCAGCAGCUCGGCCACCAGGGAGCCGACAGCUUGUACAGUUUCGUUAAAAAUAUUAAAGAAGACGAAUAUGAGCACGAACGAAAAAUAAGAGUAGAAAGCCUAUGUGAAACGACUAGUUACGGAAGCUACGAUGCUACCUGCCCUUUAUCACCCCUGCCUUCGAACCUGCCGACGAAAAACUCGAGCCGCUCGCCCUGUCAAUGGGGCAGUCCCACACACCAUCCACCUGGCCAUGGGGCACAUAUGGAUUACAGCGCUUCCAUCGGGCUCGUGGUGAACCUGCCUAGAGAGCCUCAAAUGCUGAUGCAGUGUCUCUCUGGUCCCAUGAGAGUUCCGAUAAAGUCACCUAAAAGUUGUUCUUGUGAAGUAACCGGUAAAAAAAUUGAACCGGAAUGUUGCCUGGACAAGAAGUGCAUGGAGCGGCUGACGAGCAUGGAGUCUGAGACGCAGGAGCUGCGCAAGCGCGCCGGGGAGUUCGCGCGACGCGAGGCGCAGCGCGCGGAGACGCUCGAGCGCGCGGAGAUGGCCUGGCGAGACCUCGACGCCUGCUACCAGCGCCGCCUGCGCGCCGCCAAGGACAAGGAGGAGGAGUAUGAAAAGAAGAUGAUUCGAGUUUUGGACGAGAGGAACAAGUACAAGCAGGCGUGCCUGCCCCUAGUGGACGCUUUGAAGAAGAAGAGCGCGAUGGCGGAGAGGGAGCAAGAGGUGUUGAAGAAGAUUGAGCAGGUGGGGUAA